AGUCCAAACCACUUGCAGGUGCUUUAGUUGGCAAAAUGAGAGGCAAGAGUAGAGUCGCCCUGAGCGUAGCUGCUCUAGCUUGCUUUAGCUUUCUAAGCACCGUGUCUGGUUUGAGCGAGCCUUUAAUGUAUACGGGAUUAAGUAAUUACACUUUCCCUGAAGAAUUCAUUUUUGGAGUCGCGACAUCAGCAUAUCAAAUUGAAGGAGGAUGGAACCUUGGAGGAAAAGGGGAAAGCAUGUGGGACACACACCUCCACAAAUACCCGAAUUAUACGGUUGAUGGGUCCAAUGCCGACAUAGCUGCCGAUUCUUACCACUUGUACAAGGAGGAUGUCAAAAUGGUCCAGUACCUUGGUCUCACUUACUACAGAUUGUCUAUGUCGUGGCCUAGGCUCUUACCACGAGGCACAGACAACUACAUCAGCGAAGACGGCAAAAGAUACUACCGAAAUGUAUUCGAAGAGCUUCUGAAGGCUAACAUCACACCUGUAGUCACGUUGUUCCAUUGGGACCUGCCCACCCCACUGAUGGACCUUGGGGGGUGGAACAACCCAAGAGUAGUGGACUACUUCGAAGACUACGCCAGGGUAGCCUUCGAAUUGUUCGGAGAUGUAGUCAAGAUCUGGACUACAAUGAACGAACCGCAUCAACACUGCUACAAUGGCUACGGCGGGACCCAGUUCGCUCCUGCAUUAAACGCCCAUGGCAUCGGAGAGUACCUCUGCACUCAUUACAUGCUGCUGGCACACGCUAAGGCGUACCACUUGUACGACAAGGUGUUUCGCCCGAAGCAGAAUGGUCAAAUAGGCAUCACUUUGGACUCGUUCUGGGCAGAACCUAAGAACGCUUCAGACCCAGAAGAUGUUGCUGCAGCAGAAAACUAUCUACAAAUGCAUCUGGGUAUUUACGCUAAUCCGAUAUUUAACGGGGACUACCCGGACUUCGUGAGGCAACGAGUGAACAAUAUGAGCAUACAGCAAGGCUACACACGCUCCCGACUGCCGUAUUUCUCCCAAGAAGAAGUGAAAAUGCUUAAAGGUAGUUCAGAUUUCUUCGGCCUGAACCAUUACGCUAGUUUUCUUAUGUCGCCAUGCCCCGGUGACGAGUAUAACGUACCCUCAAUGGACCAUGAUACUGGUGUAUGUUUGGAGCAACACCCUAACUGGCCCAAGCCUGGAGCAGUUUGGUUCUCGGUAAACCCUGAAGGUUUCAGAAAACUCCUGAAUUGGGUCAACGAUAACUACAUCAAGAGAAAUAACAUGUCAAUCAUAGUAACAGAAAAUGGUCUAUGUGACCUAGGUGGUUUGAAGGACUACGCUAGGAUAUCGUAUCACAAGAAAUAUCUCUACCAGCUUCUUUUAGCUAAGAAUUUAGACAAUAUAAAUAUUCAGGGAUACUUCGCGUGGACAUUGAUGGAUGUCUUUGAAUGGACCGACGGAUAUACAUCAAAGUUCGGGCUAUUCCACGUCGAUUUCGAAAGCCCCGAGAGAACACGCACACCGAAACUCUCGGCGCAACUCUACAAGCAAAUUGUGAAAACGAGACAAAUCGACUUUGAGUUUCUAUCACCCGAAUCUUCUAAGUAUCAGUCAAACAAACUAUAGUUAACAAUUUAGUCAAAUUGCCCGACGAGUCAUCACGGAAAUUAAUUAAAAUAUAAUUAUUAUAAAUUAAGUCCAGUGUUGUAACACUUUUGUGAUUGUUAAACUUGUAUUUUUUAAGUUAUGAUGUUAGACAAAAGGUAGUUAAAAUGUCUAAAUAUCUUAACGGAAUUGUACGAGUUCUUAGUUUUUAUUUAUUAUUAAUUAUCAUAAUAAUGAUGUGACUGCAAGAAAAAUUGUUUAAAUUAAAAAUUUAAGGUAUGUUAUUUUUAAACAGAAUUAUUGUAAGAAUAAUAAAACAUUUACUUACAAUACAGAA